AUGGCUUUGGCUCGUUUUCUUCUUCUUUAUGGGUCGGCCACCUUCGAGGAAAAAUUGGCGGAAGAAAUGGAGCGCCUGGAGUCAGAGAAGCGGACGUGGAACAGCGACAUUGGCCUCCAGGCGGCUGCCAAGUCGAAGCAGCAGAAAGUGGGGGGCUCUUCUCCAGCGAUGCAGCAAGCAGCAUGCACAACUGCGCCGCUGCGCACGACCGCCGUGCCAGCUACGACCGGGGCCUUGGAAGCUACAGCUUCACCGGCGAUGCCAAGCUCCUGCUCGCAAGGCGCCGGCGCCACAGCAGACGCUGGCGCUCAGUCCACUCCGCCUUCUUCCCUACCUCCUGACGCUGGCAAGCGUGAGCGUGGCGAGCGCGGUGGGAAGAGGAAGUCAUGGUACUGCAAGUGGUACUAUGAUCCGAGGAAACAUGUAAACAAUGCAACACAAGAGCGCACGGCGCUGCUGGAGUUGUGCGUGUACUGUCGAGCCGGUUGCGUUUCAGUGCGCGGUGAAACAUGCGCAGCUGCUCUUGGUUCGAAGCCAAUGUGGACAGCUAGAGAUUGGGCAGCGUGGGACAGUCGCUGGAGCGAGGAGGAAUGGGAACAGUGGCUGCAAGCACGUCGUCGUGAAGAAGAGUCCGCUUCUUCGCCUGCUGGUGUGUCCGCUGCCGCCAACGAGUCGCAGAAGCGGCCUGGCAGCGACCUUGGCCAAGCCGCGCCCCAGUUCAAGCAGCAAAAAACGGGGGCGCCUUCUCCUGUGGCCUCGCCGGCAGCGCCUGGGCAGACUACCUCUGCGCCAGCUGUUGCGGCAAAGACUGGGGCCUUGGAACCUACAGCGUCGACUCCGCUGCCAAGCUCCGGGGCAACACUAGCUGGCGGCGCUGCGGCUGCAGGUCACGCUCAGCUCUUGCCACCUCCGCCACCUCCUGCAGUGCCUCCAGACGCUGGUGCUGGAGAUGCUGGCAGAGGCGACAUCGUGGUGAGGGCAGAGGAGGUGGAACAGUUGCGCCAUUUCCUGCACGAGACACGGGCAGCUCUUCGCGCGGUUGUUCGCUUUGCAACAGCAGCUGACCAUGCGCUGCACGACAUGGUGCGUGGUGUGUGA